AAAAGGAAACCAAGUUCUGUCUCCUGGAGCUUCUGUUGGAAAUGGCCUAACGCCAGAGGCUGCAAAAGACCUGGGUCUUGCUGAAGGGACUGCAGUAGCAGCAUCUCUCAUUGAUGCACAUGCUGGAGGACUAGGAGUGAUUGGAGCAGAUGUGAAAGGAUAUAACCUGCCCUGUGAAAAUCAGCCAGUUACUUCUCGGCUUGCUGUGAUCUGUGGAACAUCUUCCUGUCACAUGGGGAUAAGUGAUGCUCCCAUUUUUGUGCCUGGUGUUUGGGGUCCCUAUUACUCAGCCAUGGUGCCUGGAUUCUGGUUGAACGAGGGAGGCCAAAGUGCUACAGGAAAACUGAUAGAUCACGUAGUCCGAGGCCACGUUGCCUUCCCAGAGUUACAAGCAAAAGCUGCAGCCAGUGCUCAAAAUAUAUAUACAUACUUGAACAGUCACCUGGAUCUGAUUAAGAAAUCUUUGCCUGUGGGUUUCCUCGCUGUUGAUUUACACGUUUGGCCAGAUUUCCAUGGUAACCGAUCUCCCUUAGCAGAUCUGACACUGAAGGGCAUGGUUGUUGGACUGACAUUGUCUCAGGGCCUUGAUGAACUCGCUCUUAUCUACUUGGCCACAAUUCAAGCCAUUGCUUUGGGAACAAGACAUAUUUUGGAAACUCUGCAGUCUGCCGGGCAUCACAUCAGCACUCUGUUUCUGUGCGGUGGACUGAGCAAGAAUCCACUCUUUGUGCAGAUGCAUGCUGACGUUACCGGCAAGCCCAUUGUCCUGUCCAAAGAGGUGGAGUCUGUUUUAGUUGGUGCUGCUAUUCUUGGAGCUUGUGCUUCUGGAGAUUUUGCUUCGGUACAGGAGGCCAUGGAAAGAAUGGGGAAAAUCGGGAGAAUUGUGCAACCAAACCACAGGGAUAAAAGAUUUUAUGACAAGAAGUAUGAAGUGUUUCUGAAACUUGUUGAACAUCAGAGAGAGUAUAAAGCCAUCAUGCAAGGCGUAUAAUCAACAGUCAUAUAGUCUGAGAACUACAGGGAUCACAGAAUUUCCAGAGGUUUACAAUUAAAAGUUCAUAGGAAUUUUGUCUCAUUGUGUCAUUCAAUUUAAAACAAAAUUGUUCUUUCUAAUUUUAAUGUAAAAAUCUAGUACUUUCACUACGUGCUGUUGCACUAAGUAAUCUGUCAAGCCACUGCACGCCAUUGGACUAUAGAUUGGGGUUCUCAACCUAUUUCUUUCUGAGCCCCCCCAAUAUGCUAUAAAAACUCCACAACAUUUUUUCUGCAUAUAAAAGCCAGAGCCAGUGUUAGGGGGUAGCAAGCAGGGUAAUUGUCCAGGGCCUCAUGCUAUAAGGGGUACAGUGAAGCUAAGUUGUUCAGACUUUGGUUUCAGCCCCAGAUGAUGGGGUCUGGGGCCCUGGGCUGCAGUCCUGCAUGGCGGGGCUUUGGCUUUCUGCCCUGGGCCCUAGCGAGUCUAAUGCCGGCCAGGCUCGGUGCACCCUCUGAAACCUGCCCCAGACCCCUGUUUGAGAACCACUGCUAUAGAUGACCAUUGACUCCAGUUAAAAAAAAAAAAAAAAAA